AUGGUAGAGGCAAAGUCGAGGGUACGCGAACACGCAAGGAAUAUCAGUCGCUCGACCGUCUCGAAUGCAACGGCAGCACCAGCCAUACGCUCAAAUCCUGCACCUGGAUUCCAGCAGCUCCCUCCGUCAAAAAAAAUGAAGCUACCCCCUCCGAUGUAUGGUCCUGGUCCCGAACCUAACGCUCCUUUGGAUCACACCUUCGUUGGACUGACAGGGGGCCAAAUAUUCCACGAGAUGAUGCUUCGCCACGGCGUGAAGCACAUCUUUGGCUAUCCUGGUGGUGCUAUUCUACCUGUAUUCGACGCCAUCUACAAGUCCCCUCAUUUCGACUUUGUUCUCCCACGGCAUGAGCAAGGCGCGGGACAUAUGGCCGAGGGAUACGCUCGUGUAUCUGGCCUUCCCGGUGUCGUUCUCGUCACCUCAGGGCCAGGGGCGACAAAUGUCGUUACGCCCAUGCAGGACGCUUUAAGCGAUGGUGUCCCCUUGGUCGUGUUCUCUGGACAAGUAGCCACAUCCGCCAUCGGUUCCGACGCCUUCCAAGAAGCCGACAUUGUGGGAAUAUCGCGCAGUUGUACGAAAUGGAACGUAAUGGUGAAAGAUAUCUCAGAGCUCCCGCGGCGUAUCAAUGAAGCCUUUAAAAUUGCCACUUCGGGCCGUCCAGGCCCGGUUCUCGUUGACCUUCCCAAGGACGUGACAGCUGGUAUUCUCCGCACGCCGCUGCCUUACAAGGCCACCACCCCUGGCAUCAACCUCGGACUCCCAACAAAUCCCCUACAGGUACUAGACCCACCUGUAGACGCUACUUUGAUUCACCAGGCUGCGGCACUCAUCAACCAAGCCCAACGACCUUUGAUCUACGCCGGCAAUGGCGUCCUCUCUUCGCCAAUGGGUCCCAAAUUGCUGGCGCAGCUAGUAGAGAAGGGUAACAUCCCUGUAUGUACAACCCUGCAAGGCCUCGGUGCGUUCGAUGAGACGAACGAGAAGAGUUUACAUAUGUUGGGCAUGCACGGGAGCGCAUACGCCAACUUUGCAAUGCAACACGCGGACGUGAUCAUUGCUCUCGGCGCGCGCUUUGACGAUCGUGUAACGGGCAAGAUCGACACCUUCGCACCUGCCGCUCGCCUAGCCGCACAACAAGGUCGUGGAGGGAUCAUACACUUCGAGAUUCAGCCGAAGAACAUCAACAAGGUCAUCGAAGCACAAAUCCCUAUUCUUGGGGAUGUUGUACAAAAUCUGGCAUCGUUGGUCCCGUUGAUGAAGUCGCCGCCCAGAGAGGAAUGGUUGGCAGACAUCAAGGAGUGGAAGACGAACUAUCCGUUCACUUACGUGAAGGCGGCGAAAGGGGAGAAGAUGAAGCCGCAGGAAGUGAUUGAGGAGUUGGAAAACCAGACGAAGCACAUCAAGGACGAGAUUAUUGUGGCGACUGGCGUGGGGCAACAUCAAAUGUGGGCUGCCCAAUUUUUCCGCUGGAAACACCCUAGAACAAUGGUAACGUCUGGCGGUUUGGGGACGAUGGGCUUUGGUUUGCCAGCAUCUAUUGGUGCUAAAGUGGCCGCGCCACAUAAGACCGUCAUCGAUAUUGACGGCGACGCCUCAUUUAGCAUGACUGCUAUGGAGCUCGCAACUGCCUCACAGUAUGGCAUUGGUGUCAAAGUUCUUAUCCUCAACAACGAAUUCCAAGGAAUGGUCUUACAAUGGCAAGAUCUGUUCUACGAAAAACGCUACUCCCACACGAAGAUGACGAACCCUGACUUUGUCAUGCUCGCGAAGGCGAUGGGCGUGCAUGCCAUCCGCGUUGAGAGCUCGGAGGAGCUCCCAGCGAAGAUGAAGGAAUUUUUGGAGUACGACGGAUCGAAACCUAUCCUUAUGGAGUGUCUGGUGGAAAAAGACGAGCAUGUUUUCCCGAUGGUGGCUGCUGGAAAAGCUCUGCAUGAGCAAUUGCUACACCCUUCUCUGGCUGGCGUCGUAGCGCGGGCGGCAGCGAAAAACAAGGCCAGAUCAUCGUAGUGUGAAAGAAAAAAAGAAAUAAAAGCCCGUUACCCAUCUAUUUCUUUGGAAUAGAGUUAUAACUCAUUAUAUUUCCUCGCUCUUUCGCCUUCUCCCUCCUGCCAGCUUGGCUUGUUUUUCUCUACAUCUCUCACUUCAUUCAUUCUUGUUCUCUGUACAACGGUGAAUAUUGCAUUUGGCUACCUUCCAUCCCCUUUCUGUGCGCGGACUUUCACGUACAACUGUAUCUAUUCCGUUUACCCCAUACUUACUCAUCAGACACCCACGUUUGCAUUAUCUACCCAAAAUCUGAUAGGUCAGGAAUAUAGCACCAUGAUUUGUUUCCGUUU